GCGACCACUUUAACAGAAACCAUCAUGGCGACCUGCAGCGGAUGUGCAUGCGCCAGCGAAUGUCCAGCUUGCGGCCCCUCAGGGACCGGCUGUGCUUGUCCAAAGAAUCAAUGUAACUGCCAGAAAUGUGUCAACAGCGCACAUUCUAAAAAGUGCUCUUGCGCUGGUACAGGGGAAAAUUGUGAAUGUAUCAAACAGGGUCAAGCGUGUGCUUGUGAAUCAAAGUGAUUAUCCCUGUUGUUUGAAAUCCGCAGGAUGGCGCGGGCGUUCAAUUACACAUGUAUGCCUAUUUACUCAGUUUCUUAUAAAACCAUUUUUUCUGCUGGGGUAUCGCACCCUUCCAGCGCAC